AUGGCCUCGGCGAACGACGAAGACCGCGCGGCGGCGGGCAUCCUGCGGCUGCUGAUGGGGCUGGCGGCGACGGCGCCCACCUCGGCAUUGCAGCGGGUCGGCGGCGGUAGCGGGGGGCCCGGCCUGGUGGUGGUCCAGCACGUCAUCCUCGACGGCGACGGGGAUCUGUUCUCGGGCGGGGUCGGCGGCGGCGUGCCGCCGGCGUCGAAGGCCGCGAUCGCCGCGCUGAAGGAGGUGAAGGCCGGGGAGAUCGAGGGCGGGGGCGAGCUCGGCGAGUGCACCAUCUGCCUGGACGGGGUGGAGGACGCCGGCAAGGAGAUGCCAUGCGGGCACCGCUUCCACGGGGGCUGCCUGGAGCGGUGGCUCGGCGUGCACGGCAACUGCCCCGUGUGCCGCCGCGAGCUGCCGCCGGCCAAGGAGGAGGACAACGCCGCGGCGGCGGCGGAGGGCGGCGGCGAGGAGAGGCGGAGGCCCAGGGCAGCGGUCGUGGUCAGCUACCUCGUGCUCGGAGGCGAGCGAGGGGAGGCGCAGGCGCAGCAGGAGCCGGAGAGGGAGGAGCCGUGGAACAUUAGGAUAGAGGACUGUCAACAAUGGCCGCUCCUCGGCGCCGCCCCCGUGCCAUGGCCGCUCCUCGACGCCCGCCGCCGCGCCGUCACCAACUCUGCCGCGUCGUCACUGCCAUCUGCACCCCCUGCUGCCACCACCGCGUCGUCGCCGCCCUCCCCGCCGCCUGAGCGUUCCACACCGGCGCCGCAUGCACCCUCUCCAGGCCCACUGCCAUGUCUAACCGCUUUGGAGCUAAUGGAGAAAAAUGUAGUUGCUGUGAUUGGCCCACAGUCCUCUGGGAUAGGCCAUGUCAUCUCUCAAGUUGUCAAUGAGUUACAUGUUCCUCUUCUAUCAUUUGCGGCAACGGAUCCAGCUCUUUCUGCAUCAGAGUAUCCUUACUUAAGGACAACCACAAGCGACUACUUCCAAAUGAAUGCCGUUGCUAGCAUUGUUGAUUACUAUCAGUGGAAAAGGGUGACUGCUAUAUAUGUCGACGACGAUUAUGGGCGAGGUGGCGUCUCGGCUCUCGGCGAUGCGCUUGCAUUGAAGAGGGCACAGAUUUCAUAUAAAGCGGCUAUUCCUCCAAAUUCAAACACAGAUGUGAUCCGUGAUGUACUGUUUAGAGCAAACAUGAUGGAAUCAAGGGUCAUGGUUGUGCAUGUCAAUCCUGACACAGGUUUGAGGGUAUUUUCUGCAGCUAAGAAGCUCCAGAUGAUGGCCAGUGGCUAUGUCUGGAUGGUAACUGAUUGGCUAGCUGCUGUCCUCGAUUCCUCCCCCGCAUCUAGAGAUCCUAAAUACAUAAUUUGGGCCGUUGCUCGCUCUGUCGACCAAUUUCUCAAUGCUGGGCAACAGAUCAACUUCUCAACAGAUCCAAGGCUGCAUGAUGCAAACGGCACCACUUUGCGUCUGUCAACUCUCAAGAUAUUGGAUGGUGGUGACCAGAUGCUGCAGCAACUUCUCCUCACAAACUUCACAGGUCUAACAGGUCCAGUCCGAUUUGAUUCAGGCGGCAAUUUGGUACGCCCAGCUUAUGAUAUCCUCAAUGUUGGCCGUUCCGGCGCCAGCUUAGUCGGCUAUUGGUCCAACUAUUCAGGCCUUUCUGUGGCUGCUCCUGAAAUUUUGUAUCAGAUGCCAUCAAAUGCAUCCAGUGCCUAUCAGCUGAAGAAUGUGGUAUGGCCUGGUGAUUCAACUGAUAUACCUAGGGGCUGGGUGUUUCCAAACAAUGGCCAGCCUCUCAGAGUUGGGGUCCCAGUUAAACCAAGCUUCAAGACAUUGGUGUCAGGCAGUAGCCCUGAUACUGUGAGGGGUUACUGCAUUGAUGUUGUCAAGUCAGCAAUUAAACUGCUCCCUUACCCAGUUCCUUACCGGUUUGUACCUAUUGGGGAUGGCACAAAGAACCCUAGUUACGUCGGCAUUGUUGGGAUGGUUGCUUCCAAUACACUUGAUGCAGCUGUAGGCUACUUUGCGAUAGUGAGAAAUGGAACACGGCUUGCAGAGUACACACAGCCUUACAUUGAUUCAGGGCUUGUGAUAGUGGCGCCGGUGAAACAUGUAAGCUCAAGCGCCUGGGCUUUCCUUAAACCUUUCACAUGGGAGGUGUGGUUUGUCACAGGCGCUCUUUUCAUUUUGGUGGGAAUUGUGGUGUGGCUACUCGAACAUCGGACUAAUGAGGAAUUUCGAGGGCCUCCACGUAAUCAAAUCAUAACAAUAUUCUGGUUCAGCUUCUCAACAAUGUUCUUCUCACACAGGCAGAACACCGGAACCGCGCUCGGGCGUUUCGUGCUGAUCAUAUGGAUGUUCGUCGUGUUGAUCAUCACUUCAAGCUACACUGCCAGCUUGGCGUCAAUCCUGACGGUCCAACAGCUCACGACAGGAAUUACAGGACUUGACAGUCUCAUAUCAAGCUCUUUACCUAUUGGAUACCAGACCGGAAAAUUCACCAAGAAAUACCUGAUGAUAAACCUCAACGUUCCAGAGUCUCGAUUGGUGCAACUGAACACGAUCCAGGAAUACGCUGAUGCCCUUACCCGUGGACCAAAAAAUGGCGGUGUUGCUGCGAUUAUCGACGAGAAGCCGUAUAUCGAUAUCUUCCUGUCACACUACUGCAACUUCAAGAUUGUGGGACAGCAGUUCACAAGGGAAGGAUGGGGAUUUGCAUUCCAGAAAGACUCCCCCCUUGCUGCAGAUAUGUCAACCGCCAUCCUUCAGCUUUCAGAGAGUGGCAAGCUUCAGAGCAUCCAUGACGAGUGGUUCACAAAGCCGAGCUGCGCCACCGACGAUGAGAGCAAUCUGGGAGCAACCAGGCUUGGCCUCGGAAGCUUCUGGGGCCUUUUCCUCAUCUGUGCCCUGAUCUGUCUCUUAGCUCUGGUGAUGUUCUUCAUUCAAGUCUGCUGGCAGUACAAGCAGUACUCCAAUUCUGAAGAUGUUGACGAGCCCAAUGCAGCUGGCGCUGAUGGUGCUGGCAAAAGACAGCGGAGGCUGUCAGGCCUUGGCAGCUGCAAAGAGAUCGUAAAGUUUGUCGAUAUGAAGGAGGAGGAAAUCAUGAAGAAGUUGAUGAAACGACGGUCAGGCGAGAAAGAUAACCAUGCUGCAGGAUUGUCAGAUGCUCAAUCGGUGGCUUCAGCAUAG